UUCGAAAUGCCAAGGCCUGAAACAUCUGGCUGGCAGUACACCCCAUUCCAACGCCAUCACCCCAACAGUUAACAACUACUAUAAGAGAAAAAUUUGUUUUGACCUAGCCGGUUUUUCAGCUUCAGAAGUCCAAGAUGAGUGAAGAAGAAGCACCUGCUGAGGGAGGUGUGGAGUCCCCCGGAGCAGGAUCGCCCGCAGAGGCUGCAGCACCGCCCCCAGAUACCACCACCGCCGAGCCCGUGGAUACAACCACUUCCGGAGCCCGUAUGAUGAUGCACCACCCAUGGUUGGCGGCCGCCGCGGUGGCCGUCUAUGCCACCAAGGUCCUGUGGGUCAAGUUCCGCGAGCUCGGCCUGGCCAAGCAGAAAAAGCGGCCCAAGAAUCGAGAGCAGAAGUCCAAGCCCGUUCAGGAGAACGAGGAAAAUGGAUCGGAAUCGGAAGCCGAAUCGGAGGCGGAGACUGACGCAGAGGACGAGGACGGGCCUGUGGAGCUGCAGUCGGCGAUCCUACCGGAUCGGGUACAGGUCGACGCUCCGGACGAGAACUAUCGAGCAAUCGAGGUGCCACCCGCCGACUUCUGAAGCUCGAACUCGGGGAUGAAUGACCAUGCGAGGACGCUGCACUAUCACACCCAACAAGGACACUUUUUGUUGUAAUGCUUGCGACUUACGUAGGGGAGGAUCGUUAGCGACGUUGGAAAUUAAGCACCACAUUGGGGGACACAAAUUGUUGGUUUUAUAACAUUGGCCAAAUUUCUUGUAUAACAUUUCGACGUUGAUUGGUUUUUAUCGGUUCUCUAUAGUCUGCGAUGACAGUAAGGUGUAAUAAAAAAUAAUAACAAAAAAAAUAAA